AUGAUUUGCAUCAAAUGCGGGAGGUGCAACUCUAGUCUGUACACUGUGUACGAUAAGACUAACAUAAAACUGAACGAAUGCAAUCGGUGCAGCAACAUAUGUGAUGAAUACAUGGAGAAAAACACGUUCCUAAUUUUUAUUAAUAUUUUAUUCCUCAAGCCUGAAGUUUAUAGACACAUCAUAUUUAAUCGACUCAAAUAUCACGACAAAUUUAUUCAUGUUUUUUUUCUCAAAAUGAUCAUUUUGUUUUUAAUAAUAAAUGCAUACUUACACCCCAACUUUGAAAGUGAUCAUAGGGAAGGAGGCAUUUUCUCAGAUUAUUUUUUAAUGAAUACCAGCUUCGGGGAAAGCACACAAUGGAAUUAUCCCACUGAAUACAACUGCUCCUCGUACACUCUUUUUAUGUACAAAUAUGACGAUAAACACAAGCUAUAUGGGCUAUAUAACAUUUUUAACCACUCGAACGUUCCCAAUUUAGUGAAUAUACACAAGAACAAGUUUUUGACUUGUAUUUUUCACAACCGAUUUAGGGACCACAAUGUGUGCAUCCUCAAUCGGAAGUACGAACACACGGAGGACUACGAUAAGCGGCUGAUUGAUUUGUUUCUGCACAACAAGGAGAGCUAUGGGGGGAAGCACAUGCAGCCGAGCACAUGGAAGGCGCAGCUUACCCCAAAACGGCUACUGCAGCUAAUACAGCGGAGCGUAAAGUACGAAUCCAUUUUCAAACUAAAAAAAAACAAUCAACUGUUGAGGAACGACAUUGUUACGCUGAAAAACUCGGAAGAACGCAACAGCCUGUUCCAAAUUAUAAACGUCCUCGUGUAUUACCACAUUGAUGAGCACAAACUAGUGCUGGAGACGAGGGAGAAGGAAGCGUACAACAUUCAUUACUUUGUCAAUUUUUUGCGCACCAUAUUUUUUUAUCAAAAGGGGCGUGAAAAAAAGAAUUACUUCAAAAGUGAGGCAAACUCAUUUGUAAGGAAGCCCUCCUCAAACGGUGUUUGUCCAGACCCGAGAAAAGAAUUUUUUCCUCCCAACAAGUGCUACGAUUGUGACAUUCAUGAUGAUUCCUAUGGGAAUUUACACAACUCGGGCGAUGAACUUAACAGCUUAUGCAGAAAUAUUUUCAAAAAUAUCGAUUUUACCUAUCACAAAAAUGUGGACGAAAUAACAAAGAAACAAAAUCAAAAGAAACACAAAUUUAAAAUUAAACAAAUCAGCAUGUACUCCAAACUUUUAUUUUCCGAUUUGGACAAUGAAAAAUAUAUUUUGAAAAUCUGUAACUCUUCUUUUUCGUUUAAGAAAUUAAAAUAA